AUGCCGAGCAAGAGAAAGCACCACUAUGACAUUGACUUCACUCUCCGCCGAGUCUUUGGGAAAUGUGCAUUCAGACCUCUUCAGCGCGAAGUCAUCUCGGCUACCCUAGAAGGAGAGGAUGUAUUUCUCCAGGCUGCAACAUCAUUCGGGAAGAGUCUAUGCUAUCAACUGCCUGCUAUUGUGGAUUUUGGCAUCACGAUUGUCAUCUCUCCACUACUAGCUUUGAUGAAUAAUCAGGUGGCUUCCAUGCGCAAAGCAAAUGUCCGUGUUGAAACUAUUAACAGCACAACGACACCAUCUGCGAGAGCUAAGAUCAUAGAAGACCUUCGAUGUGGUCAUCCUCUGACCAGACUUCUCUAUGUCACCCCGGAAUACUGCCAGCUUGAUUCCUUCCGGAAAAUACUCCGGAUCAUCCACUCGCAACGGGAGCUGGCACGCAUCGCUAUUGAUGAAGCUCAUUGUAUCUCCGAAUGGGGUCACGACUUCCGACCUUCCUUUCAAUCGCUUUCGUUCUUCAAGACCGAGUUCCCAAAAGUGCCUGUUAUAUGCCUCACGGCUACGGCUACUGCCCGUGUUCGGGACGACAUUAUCAGCACACUAGGUCUGGAUUCGUCGAAGCUGAAACUAUUUAGAAUGACGACCAGCCGGCCAAACCUUCACUACGAGAUCCGCUUCAAGUCUGACGAAGAAGAUCAUUAUCUAGACUUCCUUUCCUGGAUCAAAGCAGCACAUUCCCGCCGUGUUGCGAACCCAGAACGAGCGAGUCAACUUGCGAGUCAAAACCAAAGGACAGAUAACGUCCCGGGCAUCAUUUACACCCUCUACCGAAAGGAUUGCGAAUCUCUGGCUGCGCGCCUUCGCGCUGAUGGAAUUGGAGCCAGGCCUUAUCAUGCCGGCCUUCCCCACCAAGAUCGAGCAGAUGCGCUUUCGGGGUGGGUGGCGAACAAGGAAGGCUACGACAUCAUUGUUGCCACAACUGCCUUUGGCAUGGGUAUCGACAAAGAGAAUGUACGGUUCGUUAUUCACUGGCAGAUCCCAAAGUCGUUUGAGGGCUUCUACCAGGAGGCAGGCCGGGCAGGUCGAGAUGGCAAAGCAAGUGUCUGCAUGCUUUACUAUGGUCGCGAAGAUCGAGAUCGUGCUGCUAGCUUGAUGGCGCGAGAUCAUGCACGGCAGCCGACCAAGGGGGCAAGCGUUGCUGGCCAACAAGCGCAAAUGAUGGGUCGGGCAAAGAGUCUCCAGGCACUAGUCAACUACUGCGAAGCCACUGAUAAGUGCAGGCACAAGCUGAUUGCCAGAUACUUUGGCGAUGAAGAGGACCCCCCUUGUGAUUAUGCUUGCGAUUGGUGCAAGGACCCCGUGGCUUUGGUUAGAAAGAAAGAGAAGGGACUCGCAAGUGAAGAGUGGUGCUCUACCCAGAGAGAGAUGGGGCGAUACGAAAUUGACGAGUACGAGUAG